GGUGAGAAGCUGACCACCACCAAUUAUAAUGACUGGAGCAAAGCAAUGCUCAAUAUUCUGGCCGCCAAGAACAAGCUUGGCUUCAUCAAUGGCACCAUCCCUUACCCAGAUCCAACAGAUCCUCUAUUCUCUUCCCGGAGUCGAAACAACAUCAUGGUCCUCAGUUGGAUUCAACAAGCUCUUGAUCAUGGCAUCAAGAAAACCAUUAGGUCUUCCAAGCUCGCAUCAGAAGCAUGGAAUAGCCUCAAAGCUCGCUAUGGUCAAGGUGACAUGAUCCGCGUUGCUGAACUCAUAGAGUCCAUUGGCACCAUCAAACAAGGUAACCAAAUAGUGAGUGAAUAUUAUGGCAAUCUUAUUGCUCUUCAAGAUGAGCUUGACAACUAUCAGCCUAUCAAUCCAUGUCGUUGCACAGAAACUAGUUCUGUUGACUGUGCUGCUCUGAAUGCUGUUAUGAGCUAUCGUGAUGUCAACUCUAUUGUCCAGUUUCUUUGUGGUCUCAAUGAUAAUUAUGCCACUGUCCGGUCUCAAGUGCUAUUUGGAGACACUCUACCUCCAAUUGAUAGGGUCUUUCAGAGGGCUUUACAACAUGAACGCAACUGUAUGGCACUCAACAAGGCAAAACCAUCACUUCUGAAGGUUCAGCCUUUGCUGCUCAGGGUCCCAAACGCCCUUUUCCAAAUUUCAAACGCCCUCAUUGCACUUUCUGCAAUACUCCAGGCCACCACAAACAUGGCUGGCCACCAGGUUUAUCAUCCAGAGGAUCUUCUAUGAACUCAAACUCAUCCAACAUUUCAUGAAAGAACAAAGCACAUAGAACUGGAUUGUCACCUGGUAAGGGAAAAAUUGCAUGUUGGAAUCAUCAAGCUGCUCCAUGUCAACUCACUACACCAAUUGGCCGACAUUUUCACAAAGGCCCUACCUCCUACCACCUUCUCCAAUCUCCUCUCCAAGCUUGUUGUGCAUAAUCUCUGCCCACCAGCUUGCGGGGGGUAUCGGAUAAAAAUUCAAAAUUUUCAUCCGCGACUUAAACGGCUAACAGCGGGAGUAGCUGGUCCGAUGUCAUUUCAGGCAAAGUGAUAGCGUCGUAUAUGCACAUGUUUUCACUCUUGUUUCAUGACCAUUUUAGCUCGAAUUUGUUGUUCCUUGGCCUAUUUUACGCUAGGUUGUGUUGUUUUGUCGUAUUUCAGGUCCUAUCAAGUAAAGAGGUGCAUAGGCGCAAGUUUCGGGUCAUUUGGAGGUCAGUUGGCGAUUCAAGAUGCAAAUUACGGGCAGCCCCUGCCCAUUUACGGGCGUAAUUGCUUCUGUCAUGCAUGUAAAUGCAAUGCCGAGCCAAAUACCUGAAAAUUCAUAUCGCGGAACAAAUUACGGGCAAGAGUAAAAGCAUUUACGGUCGUACUGGCUCAAAUACUGGCAGUAAUUGGGUGAUUACGACCAUAAUUCCAUUCUUCUGAGUUAAGUGAAACGCGCGUUUUGGGUGAAUUACGGGCAUACCAUGAUUACGACCGUAAUUCAGCCCGUAUUUUGCCCAAAAUAGGGUUUUUGCUGCAGAUUUGAGCCAAAGGAGAAGGGGUCGACUUUUUGGAGCAAAAACAGAGUUUUAGAGAGAGAAAGUGCCCAGAACAAACCCUAUGAGCUAUAUGGAGUGGAUUUCUCACCAUUGAAGCCUAGAUUGCAUCCCCAGGAGUGAAGAUUGACAUCCCAGAGCAGAUUUUCCUCAUCUUUAUCAGUAUGACUACUCUGAUUUCUGUUUUCCUCUCUCUCUCUCUCUAUGGAGUAGAACUUUCUCUCACUUGGGUAUGAAGAACCCUAGUUCCAUGUGUUAGGGAUCUUGAUUCUAAUGACUUGGGAUUGUUAUACUGUUUGAUUUUAAUCGAUUGAUGCAUGAUUUAUUGAGUCAAUUGAAGUCUGAUCAUCUUCUCUUGAUUUCUGCUGCAACCUGAGACAGAUAGAAUCUGAUUAGGUUGUUAGAGCUUCAUCAAUCGGUAGUGGUAGAUUGAUUAUACGAGAGUUAAUCGAUUUAAUACUUUGUACUGGAAUCCAAUUCCAGUAGUGGAGUUCUGUGUUCAUAGCCUCAGCUUUCUAUCCCGGUGAGGACUAGUCGUCUGCUAGGUAGUUGGACUGAGAGGACUUGGUCAGCUUACGAGAUUCCAAGCUACUGUCGGAUCUUCCGCAUUUUAAUCAACAGUUAAUCAACCC